ACCCUUUUUCUACUAGUGAGAUGCGAACAAUGUGUGGACGAAGAUGGCGACUUGCAUUCGUAAGGUGGCCUCGGAGGAGCUUGGAGUGUCCAGGGGAAGGAGAAGCGAAGAUAAGGAUACCUGGUGGUGGAAUGAUGAUGUCCAGAAGGCGAUUAAAGAGAAGAAAGAUUGCUUCAAACGCCUAUACCUGGAUAGGAGUGCAGACAACAUAGAGAAGUACAAGAUGGCGAAGAAGGCCGCAAAGCAAGCUGUUGGUGAAGUAAGGGGUCGGGCAUAUGAGGACCUCUACCAACGGUUAGGCACGAAGGAAGGUGAAAGGGACAUCUAUAAGAUGGCCAAGAUCCGAGAGAGGAAGACAAGGGAUAUUGGCCAAGUCAAAUGCAUCAAGGACGGAGCAGGCCAACUCUUGGUGAAGGACGAGGAGAUUAAGCAUAGAUGGCGGGAGUACUUCGACAAGUUGUUCAAUGGGGAGAAUGAGAGUUCUACCAUUGAACUGGACGACUUCUUUGAUGAGACCAGCAUGCGUUUUGUGCGGCAAAUCCAGGAAUCUGAGGUCAAGGAGGCUUUAAAAAGGAUGAAAGGAGGCAAGGCGGUGGGCCCUGAUUGUAUCCCCAUUGAGGUGUGGAAAGGUCUCGGGGACAUAGCGAUAGUAUGGCUAACCAAGCUUUUCAACCUCAGAUGCGCCGGAACCGAGAGCACAAAGUUCACGUCCCACUACAAUGGUCCCUCCUAUUUUCUCGCUGUCACCUCCCUGAUAUUUAUCCUAGCGCCCGGCAUUGUAGAUGCCCUAAAGUACAGCAAACCCUUCUCUCUGGGCACAAAUUCUUACUCUGCACCCGAUCGAUCAUUGGUGCCGCCUUCAAUUCGACCUGCAAUGGAGCAGAAGAUUAUCUCGAGCGGCGGCAGCAGCAGCAUUUCACUAGUCAUGCUGUAUGCUGACCUCGGGUCGGAUCGGCUCUCCCGGCUGCGUCCGAGGCUGGCAAACCUGGAGCGCAUCAAUGCCCGCCCGCCUGGCAGCCUCCGCCUCUGCCCCGGUGCAUGCCGGAGCCACGCCGCCCAAUCCCGCGCGUCUGCCUCACCGCCAGGGUCCAUCAAAUUGCCAUGA